ACUUUUAAAAUAUGACUGCAGGGAGGAUUUCAUCUCCACAAUGCUGCCGUGCUGGGAUGUGACAGGCUUCCUGCCCAGGUCUGGAAGGAGCUUGAUGAUGUUAGGAGCAAACUCCAAGCCGGAUGAAGAGCGGCCCCAGCCAUGGAGGUGCCCACCCCAGAGCCCGUGUACGUCGACGUGGACAAGGGACUGACGCUGGCCUGCUUCGUGUUCCUCUGCCUCUUCCUGAUUGUCAUGAUCAUCCGCUGUGCCAAAGUCAUCAUGGACCCCUACAGCGCCAUCCCCACGUCCACGUGGGAGGAGCAGCACCUCGAUGACUGACGGGGCUCCCAGGCAGAGCCAUGG